GGCGCUCGUCUGCCAGGCCGGCCCCACGCGCCCCAGGCGGGCGGCGCCGCUGGAAGUGACGCGGCGAGGGCGGAGCUCCGGCCCAGAGCCGCCGACGCUGCCGCCGUCGCCGCCGCCACCGCCGCCGCCGCCUCCUCCACCUCGGGGGGAAGCGAUGUAGCCAGGCCAGGCCGUCCCCCGAGCUGCCCGGCCGGAGCCCUGCAGGCCGUCGCUGUCGCCGCCAUGAAGAAGCAGUUCAACCGCAUGAAGCAGCUGGCCAACCAGACCGUCGGCAGAGCUGAGAAAACAGAAGUCCUCAGUGAAGAUCUGUUACAGAUCGAGCGGCGCCUGGACACGGUUCGGUCAAUAUGCCACCACUCCCACAAGCGCCUGGCAGCAUGCUUCCAGGGCCACGGCCCCGACGUGGAGAAGAGAUACAAAAAACUCCCUCUGACCGCUCUUGCUCAGAACAUGCAAGAAGCAUCGACUCAGCUGGAAGACUCCCUGCUGGGGAAGAUUCUGGAGACGUGUGGCAAUGCUGAGAACCAGCUGGCUCUAGAACUUUCUCAGCACGAGGUCUUUGUUGAGGGAGAGAUUGUGGAUCCUCUCUGCAGCAUCGCAGAGUUGGAGAUUCCCAACAUCCAAAAACAGAGGAAGCAGCUCGCUAAAUUGGUGUUAGACUGGGAUUCGGUCAGAGCCAGGUGGAACCAAGCUCACAAAUCUUCAGGAACCAACUUCCAGGGGCUUCCAUCAAAAAUAGAUACCCUAAAGGAAGAGAUGGAUGAAGCUGGAAAUAAAGUGGAGCAGUGCAAGGACCAGCUUGCAGCGGACAUGUACAACUUUAUGGCCAAAGAAGGGGAGUAUGGCAAAUUCUUCAUUACGUUAUUAGAAGCCCAAGCAGAUUACCAUAGAAAAGCAUUAGCAGUCUUAGAAAAGGCCCUUCCCGAAAUGCGAGCCCAUCAAGAUAAGUGGGCAGAAAAGCCAGCCUUUGGGACUCCUUUGCAAGAGCACCUGAAGCGGAGCGGGCGUGAGAUUGCACUGCCCAUCGAGGCCUGUGUCAUGCUGCUUCUGGAGACAGGCAUGAAGGAGGAGGGCCUUUUCCGAAUUGGAGCUGGGGCCUCCAAGUUAAAGAAACUGAAAGCUGCUUUAGACUGCUCCACUUCUCAUCUGGAUGAGUUCUACUCAGACCCCCACGCUGUAGCAGGUGCUUUAAAGUCCUAUUUACGGGAAUUACCUGAACCUUUGAUGACCUUCAGUCUGUAUGAAGAAUGGACCCAAGUGGCAAGUGUGCAGGAUCAAGAUAAAAAACUUCAAGAUUUAUGGAGAACAUGUCAGAAGUUGCCACCACAAAAUUUUGUUAACUUCAGGUAUUUAAUCAAGUUCCUUGCAAAGCUUGCCCAGACCAGCGACGUUAAUAAAAUGACUCCCAGCAACAUUGCAAUUGUGUUAGGCCCUAACUUACUAUGGGCCAAAAACGAAGGGUCGCUAGCUGAAAUGGCAGCGGCCACAUCUGUCCACGUGGUUGCGGUCAUUGAGCCCAUCAUUCAGCACGCCGACUGGUUCUUCCCUGAAGAGGUGGAAUUUAACGUCUCAGAAGCAUUCGUGCCUCUCGUCACCCCAAAUUCCAAUCACUCAUCUCACACUGGAAAUGACUCUGACUCAGGGACCCUCGAGAGGAAACGACCUGCCAGCAUGGCAGUAAUGGAAGGGGACUUGGUGAAGAAGGAGAGCUUUGGUGUGAAGCUUAUGGACUUCCAGGCCCACCGGCGAGGUGGCACUCUAAAUAGAAAGCACAUAGCCCCAGCUUUCCAGCCGCCACUCCCGCCCACAGAUGGCGGCACCUUGGCUCCUGCGGGCCCAGAGCCCCCUCCCCAGAGCUCUAGGGCUGAAAGCAGCACAGGGGGUGGGGCUGUCCCCUCCUCUGCGGGCAUACUGGAGCAGGGGCCAAGCCUGGGCGACAGUCCGCCGAAACCCAAGGACUCUGCCCCUGCCCCCGCACCCACCCCGGGGAGAAGCAACAGUCAGAUGGCCGCUGGCCCGAACCAGACCCAGACAGCGGCUGGCUCCCAUCAGCUCUCGGUCGGCCCAGGGCACAAUUCCGCCGGCCCCAGCCCGCACACUCUGCGCCGAGCUGUUAAAAAACCUGCUCCUGCACCCCCGAAACCAGGAAACCCGCCUCCCGGCCACCCCGGGGGCCAGAGUUCUCCGGGAACGUCUCAGCAUCCGCCCAGUCUGUCGCCAAAGCCAGCCGCCCGAAGCCCUUCUCCUCCCACUCAGCAGGCGGGCCAGGCCCCGGGCCAGCCGUGCGCCGCCCCGCAGCCCUCGGCGCCCCGGAGGUACUCCAGCAGCCUGCCUCCCAUACAAGCCCCCAGCCACCCGCCGCCGCAGCCCCCCACGCAGGCCGCGCCGCCCCCGGGGCACACCAAACCCGGUGGCGGCCAGGGCCCGCCCGCCCCCACGGCACCGGCCGGCGAGCAGGGACUGGAGCAGCCACCUCACACCCCUCCCCAGACUCCGACGCCCCCCAGUACUCCGCCUUUAGGAAAACAGAACCCCGGCCCGCCCGCUUCGCAGACCGCGGCGGGGACUAACCCUGAGACUGCGCAGCCACACGCCGGAACCUUACCGAGACCGCGACCAGUACCAAAGCCCAGGAACCGGCCCAGCAUGCCUCCGCCCCCACACCCCCCUGGCGCCCACUCCGCAGGGGACGGCACCCUCAGCAACGCAGCUCCCACUGCCUCCAAAAUAGUAACGGACACCAGUUCUAGAGUUUCAGAACCGCUUCGCAGCACCUUUCCUGACACGCAUUCAGACUCCGCAAGCAGAGACGUGCCCGGGCGCAUUCUGUUGGACAUAGACAACGACACGGAAAGCACCGCCCUGUGAAGAAAGCCUCCCCCAGCCCGGCCCCCUCCACCCUGGUGCGUGGAGCAGGGGCAGGUGCGCAGUUACCCUUGCAGACCCAACAGCGAAGAGCUUCCAGUGAAGGGAAACGAAGGCCUGACGUGCAGGGCCUCGCCUCCCACAGCCCGAGGACAAGGUGGGGGCUGACACUUGAAGCCGAAUGACCUGUGUCUUGAGGACGCUGGCUUUCUUUACCUGGGAAGGAAAUCAUGCCCAGAAACAUUUCUAAAAGAAGGAAAAACGGAAAAAGACAAAAGAAAACGAAGUAGCUAGAAUGGAAGGAGUAUGCUCGCCGAGACGUGGGGAGGAAGCUUUGUCACUGCGCGGUUAGUGCAGGCCGUUCGGAAUGAAGAAGCACCGCUUAACUAUUUAAUAAAAUGCGUUCAUUAUGCAGAUCACCCACUUCCUGCUCCUUGGACUUUGAUUCUCACACCUUAAGAGGGAGGUACCUCUCCUUCAGAAUCGCUGCAGAAUCAUUUUGUAUGAAGUAUGGUCUGUGCCUCCCCGAGCCCCCGAAAACCACGCGCAUCGAUGGUGACUGCUGGAUCCGUCACCUCAGCAAACUGGAUGUGACCUGUGCCUUGCCGGAUUGCAGAAUGUAGAAAGAAACGUACUGUUCUUUUUUUUUUUUUUUAAACAAUGUAAUUGCUACUUGAUAAGGACCGAACAAUAUUCUAGUUUCAUGUUUAAUUUGAAUUAAAUAUAUUCUGUGGUUUAUAUGAAAA